CGGAUAGCUCCUGAGCUCGAUCUCGGGUCGCGCACAGCUGCUCUCCCCUUCCUCCCGCUCAGCUCGCUCUUCGGUGCUGCUCUCGAUCGUCGUCUCGCUCCAUCACCGGCGGUCGCUUAGCCUCCGCGAUCCCGGCCGGUGGUCUUCUUCGCCGCAUUAUCUCUCUCUCUCUCUCUCUAACACAAGGACGAUGUCGAGCCGGAGGUCCCGCGCGUCGACGGUCUCGGAGGAGGAGAUCAACGAGCUUAUCUCGAGGCUGCAGACGCUGCUCCCCAGCGCGCGCCGCCGUGGCGGCAGCCAGGCGUCGACGACGAAGCUGCUCAAGGAGACCUGCAGCUACAUCAAGAGCCUGCACCGGGAGGUGGACGAUCUGAGCGACCGCCUGUCGGACCUCAUGGCCAGCAUGGACCACAACAGCCCCGGCGCCGAGAUCAUCCGCAGCCUCCUCCGCUAGCCCAAGUCCGUCCGUCCGGCCAUGGCGUGACGGCCGGCCUCUCGCCAUCGCCAGAUCUCAGCGCAUUGCCGAGUGUGUGUGUGUGUACCACAUAUAGCAGCUGAAUAUACCCAAGGACGACGUACGCCGACGACAGGCUAAGGCUGGUUUAUUAAUUGGUAGGGCAUUAUUAAGUACUACUCCGUAUUAACUAGGGCUGCCUAGCUUAAGUAUGGUUUCUCUCUCUUCCACUCUUGGCUGUUUGUUUCCUUGCUAUACUCUCCUAGUAGCUUAGCUCCUUUUCCAUUUGUUUGUACUUGGCUGCUUCGUCCCAUGUUCGUCGUCGUCGUCGUGGUGGUGGUGUAAACCUAUGUGUGUGGUCUGGAUCGAGUUGUUUCCUCCUUGACAGACAACCGACCAACCCCGAUCGAUCUGUCAACUUGUACUACGUACGUACUGGUAAUAUAUCAAUAUCUA